UUUUCAAAUAAUAUUUUAAAAAGUCCCAUAUAAAAAUAAAUGGACGAAGACGAGAAAUAUAAUACAAAGGAGAAUGGAUUCAGUCCGGAAGGAAGCCUUCCUGAUAUUAAUAAGAAUAAGUCUGAUUCUCAGAAAUUUCAAAUGGAUGAUUUCAAUAGUAAGGAAAGCGAGCAAAAUGAAGUCAAGGGAUUCUCUCCACAAGAAAUAAAUCAUAAGGCUAAGAACCAUGAUAAAAGAAUGUCAGCUGUUACUGAUAAGCUCCAGAACUUGGAUGAGGGUGGCAGUCAUAAAAAUGGAACCAUCACCGGCUCUGAUCACAAGCCUGUUGGUAAAUAUAACGGUGCUAUUGGUCAAGCAAACCAGUAUGAGAACAAUCUUGACAACUCCAGAUCCGGAGUUCAGAACGAAAAAUAACGUUGAUGACCCACAUGAGGGCUCUCAAGCUGCUAAUGAGAUCCUAUACAAAGAGCGAAGAAGAUGUCCUCGGUGUCCCCAGAAAGUUACCGACUGCAUCAACAAAGUGCUCGACAAUCACUUCUACAUUAUUUUCAUGACCAUCGUGACCUUGUACGCCUUGUUUGGGGACGACCUGAGGAUCCUGCUCAGUCCGAAGUCAGGAGACCCCAUAUUCUGGGGAUUUAGUGUUGCCGCAAUGUCUCUGUUUCUGCUCGAGCUGGUCUUAGCAUCGUUUGCUCAGAAAGACUACUUCCUCGGAUUCUACUUCUGGCUCGACCUCAUUGCAACGGUCUCGCUGAUCACCGACAUCGGGUGGAUCUACAACGAAAUGGUUGGAGGUGGAGACAUCUCAGCCAACAACGCCUCACAGGCUUCAAGCCUGGCCAGAGCUGGCCGAGGCGCUAGAGUUGGAACCAGAGCAGGCAGAAUCGUCAGACUCGUCAGGCUUAUUCGUAUUGUCAAACUCUAUAAGAACGCACACAAGGCACUUGAGAAGAACGCCGGAGUUGACUCGGACGAAAUCACAGCUGAAGAGCUGCAGCAGAUUCACGCAAAGAACGACAGCGAGAAAGAAGUUGAGAAAGAGAGCUAUGUUGGUCAGAAGCUGUCUGAUUUGACGACGAGAAGGGUUAUUACAAUAGUCUUGAUCAUGAUGUUUAGUGUCCCCAUUCUUUCUCUUGAUACUUACAUUGAAGAGCCAACUAGUUUCGAAUGGGGACUUCAGUUGAUAUCAAAAUUUGAUGACACACCUGGUCACCCGGGCUAUGCUCAAAGCUUCAAUACAUUCAUUUCGGAAUCAGAUAGCACUAGAAACCCAAUUGUAUCUCUCAAUGCAAAUGGACGAACCUUCGAUAGCACUAGCCCUACACUUGACGAACUUAGAACUAUCGAAGUUCUUGUUGCUACAUAUGAUGGUGAUAGAUAUGUAUCAGUCCAUGAUAACAGGAAGAACAUUAAAGUUUCAGCUGGGUUAGGUAUUGGAAGAACCAUCUUCAUUUGCUUGGUGCUCACGAUUGCAGCUAUGUUUUUCUCAAACACCACAAACACUCUUGUUAUCGGUCCGAUAGAGUCAAUGAUUAAGAAAGUCAAAAAAAUAGCCAAGAAUCCUCUAGAAGCUGCUCAGGAAGAAGAAAACCAGGCACUUGCUAGAGAAAGACUCAACAAAAACGAGUCUGAAGAGUCUAAGAAGAAAAGACUUAAAGCUGAGAAGGAUGGUCUCUACGAAACUGAUAUCCUUGAGAAUACAAUAGUAAAAAUUGGAGCUCUCCUUGCUAUUGGGUUUGGAGAAGCAGGAUCUGCUAUCAUUGCCAAAAAUAUGGAAAAAUCAGGUGAUGUAAACCCAAUGCUUCCAGGAAAGAAAUGUGUUGCUUUCUUUGGAUUUUGUGAUAUAAGACAAUUUACUGAUACUACCGAGAUUCUCCAAGAAGAAGUCAUGGUUUUUGUCAAUGAAAUAGGAGAAAUUGUUCAUGCUAUAGUCGACUCAUUCGCUGGAGCUGCCAAUAAAAAUAUUGGAGAUGCCUUCCUUCUUGUCUGGAAACUACCAGAUGAAGAUACUAAGUGGAGUUCGGAAGAGAACAAUCUAACUGUAAAACCAACAAUCAGAGCAGGUCAAACUGCUGAAAUGGCUUGUAUUUCCUUCCUCAAAUGCUUUGGAGGCAUUAACAAAAGUAGGAACCUUUAUAAAUACAGGAGCUAUGAAAAAUUAAACGAAAGGAUGCCAAAUUACUCCGUGAAAAUGGGAUUCGGACUCCAUGUUGGAUGGGCAAUUGAGGGAGCUAUCGGUUCUGAUUUCAAAAUUGAUGUAUCAUAUCUAUCCCCAAACGUAAAAUUAUCAGAUGAAUUCGAAGCUUCAACAAAAAUCUUUGGUACCCCAUUAUUAAUGUCUGGGGAUGUCUAUCACUUAAUGACCGACGAAACGAAGAAGAAGUGUCGACAGAUGGAUGCAGUGAAGAUCCCUGGAGCUAGCGGAAUCUUCCAUCUCUAUACUUGAGAUAUUGACUACGAUUUAAUAGAAGUUGAGCAUGAAGAUAAGGCAGAACUAAGUGGAGAUCAGAAAAAGUUAAUAAGAGUAAAAGCUAGACUAAAAAGGGAUAGAGAAAAGGUUAAAAUGUUCGACGGAACAUUUAAACUCGUCAAUCUUUUCGAAAUUGAUGAGGAUCUCAAAGUAAUGCGCCAGCCAUUCUCUGAAAAAUUCUACGAAAUGUACAAUUCUGGAUUCAAAGACUAUAUUGAGGGUAACUGGGAAGAUGCUAGAUCUAAACUAGAAGAAGUAGAAAAUAUCAGAGGAUCUCCUGAUGGUCCCUCUCUCAGUCUCCUCGGAGUAAUGAGAAGCCAUAAUUUUAAAGCCCCUGCUGACUGGGAGGGUUGGAGAGAUCUAGAAGGUUAGUCCUCCUAAUUUCAUAAAGUAAGU